AUUUUUUUUUUUUUUGCCCCCCCCCCGUUUGUUUCUCAGGGUGAUGCUAAGCUAACGCGCUAGGCAAAGCGCUGUCAAGAUGCCGACGGACAUGGCACUGCCCCUCUUCCUGUCACAGGAGGACUUUGCCUUCCGGAGAAGCCCCCAAGACCGGAGCCCCGCCUCCAGCUGCCAUGAGCACACCUCCAAGAAGACCAAGAAGCAGGUGACUUUCGCGGACCAUCGAGGCCUGCCCCUCACUAGGGUCAAGGUCUUCUCCCAGUUCAAGGACGCCAUCCACAUUCCCCACAGCGUCCGCCUCAUGCCAUCCAACCGGGACGAUGACAACGACGAGCUGGUCCUGGAUUUUACCCAGCCGGCGUCCGACUACGUCCUCUUCCGCCAGAAUCUGGACAGGAAGUGCGUGUGCCUGGAGAACUGCGUGCUGAAGGAGCGGACCCUGGCGGGGACGGUUAAGGUCAAGAACUUGUCCUUCGAGAAGCGCGUGCGGCUGCGUGUCACCUUCGACUCUUGGGAGAGCCACUCGGACGUGGAGUGCGCCUACGUCAAGGACUCGUACCCGAGCGCGUACAGCGACACAUUCUGCUUCAGCCUGGCCCUGCCUCGAUUACUGGCCCCCCACCGUCACGUGGAGUUCGCCGUCUGCUACCAGGUGGCCGGCGCGGAGUACUGGGACAGCAACCACGGGCACAACUACCGCAUCCUCUGGUCCAAGGACAAGCGGCGCCGGGACGGCGAUAGCCAAUUCGACUUGGGCAUUCACUUGGACGCCUUUGGCAGCCUCACCUGCGGACACGGAAUCCUCCCAGAGUGGCCCAGCUAUGCCAGAUAUGAGAAUGUGGGACCUUACUACUGAAGGGGGCUGCAACCUGAGCAGAAGGGAGAACAAACACAGAUGAAUAGAAAAACAAAACGCUGCUAGGUGAUGUCAUCACGUGACAUUUGUGUGGUCUUUUAAAUAAAACAUGUUGAAUGUUUUAAGCGAACGAAAAGCUUUUUUGAUAAUAAAGACGAGCUCUUUUAAAUGUGUUGGAGGAAGUCCACCAGAUUGCCCACUGUUAUAUUUUCCUUAGAAUUGUUUUUACUUGUUGAAAAUAAAACUUUUGAAGUUAUUGCUUCUGAA